GAGUGAAGUGUUGGCGGGUGUGGUAUCGUGGGUGUUCCGCUGCGCUGGUCCGCUUGCCGUUCCUCGCGUUGGUGACGACUAUCGCGUUUCCUGCCGAGGGAUUUAUCUGCUCUCCUUUCGCGAAUCUCGCGAAUCUUGACUCGACUCCCAUCGCCACUGCCACUCGCCCCCCCUCUACGGAAUCCAUUGCCUCACUUCGCCACCGUCACAUCUCCUUGCAUUCACCGUAACCAAAGCCACCACAACUGUACCCGCACCCGCUACCUGCGCAACUGUAUUUUUUACACCAACGCUUUCGUCAAUAAAAAAAAAAAAAAUUUAAAAAAUCCCUACGUCACCCGCUGAACCCGCGCUUGAAUUCGUCGAUUCCAAGGGUCUGCACCGUCGUGACGGGCUUUUCGAAACCCGCGCAUCGCAUAUUCGCCCUACAUCCCGCCAUAGACUCGCUGUACUAAGCACACGCGCACACGCGGCUCCCUACGCACACGCGCACACGCGGCUUCCUACGCACACGCGGCGCUGUGUGACUUGGAUAAUGUCGGCGCUGAUCCGCGCAGCUGCGCGAUGCGCGCGGGAGGCCGUGAAGGGGCGCGGGAAGGAGCGAGCGCUCGCGCGUGAGGGGGGCUUUCCGCGUGAGAGAUUUGUUGCGCGUGAGGGUCGACCCGUGGAGGGUUGGACGCGUCCACUACUAGGGUGCCGCGACGUGCACAGCGGACGGCCUUUUGAGGCUACUCUCUUUACGCGUCGCGUCGAGGGCUUGACGCGUCCAAUGAUGGGGUGCCGCGACGUGCACAGCGGACAGCCCAUAAUCAUGGCGAAGCGGGGCGCCGACCUGCUGCACGACCCGUGGUACAAUAAGCACACGGCGUUCGAAGCGCCGGAGAGGGAUCGCCUCGGGUUGAGGGGGCUGCUGCCGCCCGGAUACCAGACCAUGGACGAGCAGGUCGCGCAGUUCAUGGCGGAGUACAGGAAGAUGGACCAGAAGCCCCUCAUGCCGGACGACCCGGUCGACCUGCAGAAGUGGCGCAUUCUGAACCGCCUGCACGACCGCAAUGAGACGCUCUACUACCGGGUGCUCAUUGACCACAUUCAGGAGAUGAGUCGCAUUCUCUACAUCCCCACGGUCGGCACCGUCUGUCAGAAGUACAGCAGCCUGUUCCGGCGGCCGAGGGGCAUGUACUUCAGCGCGGCGGAUAGGGGCGAGAUGGCCAGCAUGGUGCACAACUGGCCGGGCGACAAGGUGGAUGUGAUAGUGCUGACGGACGGCAGCAAGGUGCUGGGGCUGGGCGACUUGGGCGUGCAGGCGAUAGCCAUCCCAGUGGGGAAGCUCGACAUGUAUGUCGCUGCGGCCGGCAUUCCUCCCAACAGGGUCCUCCCUGCCAUGUUCGAUGUCGGCACCAACAAUGAGGCCCUCAUCAAGAAUCCCCUCUAUCUGGGUCUGCGCCACGCUAGGGUGGACGGCGAGCACUACCUCUCUCUCAUGGACGAGUUCAUGGAGGCGGUGUUCUCGCGCUGGCCCAAUGUCAUUGUGCAGUUUGAGGACUUUGAGAUGCGGUGGGCCAACACCCUCAUGGAGCGGUACAAGUCGCAGUACCGCAUCUUCAACGAUGACAUCGAGGGCUCCGGCGGAGUGGCAGUGGCGGGCAUUCUGAACGUGCUCAGGGCGCAGCACCUCCCCCCGCGCGCCCUGGCAGAGACCAGAGUGGUGGUGGCCGGCACUGGCAGGGAGGCAGAGGGUGUGCUGACGGCGGUGCGAAGGGCAAUGGCCCGGCAGAUCGGGCCGGGCAAAGCCGCGAUGGAUCGGGCAGCUGAAAACUUCUGGCUCGUGGAUGACCAGGGUCUUAUGACCGACGCCAGGGUGAGCUGUGCACCCGAGUUGGAGGACUUCUUGUGUCGCCCCAAGGAAGAAGCGAGGCUCAAGGAGGGUGACGCCCUGGCGAAUGUGGUGAAGCGGGUGAAGCCGCACGUGCUCAUCGGGCUGAGCGGGUCGGGCCAUCUGUUUGACGACGAGGUUCUUAAAGCCAUGAAGAACGCGGAUGUCUCUCGCCCAGCUGUGUUUGCUCUGUCCCAGCCGGUGAAGCAAGCUGAGUGCACGGCGCAGGACGCCUUCGAGCUGCUGGGUCCCAGCGCUCUCUUUGCCAGCGGCUGCACCUUCCCCGACGUCAGAUUCCCGAACGGCAAGGUGGGGCACACUAGCCAAGCGAACAACGUGUUCCUGUCUCCUGGCAUUGUGUCGGGCUCCCUUCUCUCCGGCGCGCGCAUGAUUUCAGACGGCAUGCUGCAGGCUGCUGCGCACCAGCUAGCUGAUUACACGACAGACGACCAGGUGCACAGAGGCAUGCUCUACCCGUGCAUGAGCCACAUCCGUGACAUCACAUCCCAUGUGGCAGUGGCGGUGGCCAGGCAGGCGGCUGAGGAGGGACUGGCGGAUGGCAUUUCCAACCUGCGAGCCGACCAGCUGCUAUCCAUGUCAAAGGAUCAAUUGCGAAAGGAGGUGGAGAAGCGGAUGUGGGAGCCCAAAUACUCCCCUCUUAUUUUUGGUCUCGAAGGGUAGUUCCAAGAGGCCCCUGAAUAGGCACUAAGAACCUGUGUGCAUCGUGCACUUACUAAAGCUACUUGUCAUGUGCCUUUAGGGCAUUUGUGUACAUAACCUGCUAUUGUAGCUUCAGUGUUUUGAUAUGAAGUUAUG